AUGAAAUUAGUGAAGUGCAUGUUGGGAUUAAUUAUAAAUGUCUCUUCUUCGUUAUUUUUAGGCACUGUGGAAUUGGCUUCCGCUGGUGUUUCCAUGACCAUCUUUAACAUCAUAUCAAAGCUUUUCAAUAUUCCCCUUCUAAGUGUUGCUACAUCUUUUGUUGCCGAGGACAUAGCCAAAACUGCUGCCGAAGAAUAUCUUUCGGAGCACAGUGGUAUACAAAAUAUUGGCAAUGGUAAAUCCUUCGAAAGAGGCAAUCGAAAAAAGCAAUUUUCCUCUGUCUCCACUGCUUUGCUAUUAGCACUUGGGAUUGGAAUUUUUGAGGCUUUAGCUCUGUUUCUUGGAUCCGGAAUAUUUCUAAAUUUGAUUGGUGUAUCAACAGAAAAUCCAAUACACAAUCUGGCAAUACAAUUUCUCUCUCUAAGAUCAGUUGGAGCUCCUGCUGUUGUACUUUCUUUGGCUUUACAAGGCAUUUUCCGUGGUUUUAAGGAUACAAAAACUCCUGUUCUAUGCCUAGGCAAGUGCUUGGUUUAAAUUUUGUUUCUUUGCUACAUUCAUUUUUGAAUGAUUUUUGUAUUAUUUUCUUUAUUUAUUUUUAUAUAUUUUGUAUGUGCUUUGACACGUUACUCUGCUAUCUAGUGCUUCAAAAUUAAUGUUUUCUUAUCCCUUUGAAUGGUUCAUGAAUAAAUUGUUAUUAUUAAUUUAUUACUGAAAAUAAAUUGUUGAUCAUUGCAGCCAUACUAUGCAUUGUAA